UCCCGCCACUCCCCUCCCUCUCCUCCCAGGAUUCUACCGGCCAUCCAAGAUCCGGCCCGCUAAAAACCUCACAUUCGUUUCUUAUCCUCACCGGCGGUGACCAGAAAUGUUCUGCCCGGAGCCGAGUCCCGGGGCUGAGCUUGCCCUGCUCGAGUCCAUCCGCCACCACCUCCUCGACGAGCCGGCGCCCCCGGCCGGGGUCCCGUCCACAGCGGUGGCCGCACCCCCUGUCUACUGCCGGAGCUCCAGCUUCGGCAGCCUCGUCGCCGACCAGUGGGGUGACCUCCCCUUCCGCCUCGACGACCCCGACGACAUGGUCGUCUACGGCGCCCUCCGCGACGCCUACUCCCACGGUUGGAAUCCCUCCGCCGGAGCCGGUAACGUCAUCGCCCCCCCCGCCGAAGCCGGUAACGUCAUCGCCGCCCCCACCGUCGUCGUCAAAUCGGAGCCCGUGACCGAGCUGCCGCCGGCGACGCCUGCGAUCCAGGCGCAUCCGGCGGCGCCGGCGCAGGCGAAGGGGAAGCACUACAGAGGGGUGAGGCAGCGGCCUUGGGGGAAAUUCGCGGCGGAGAUCAGGGAUCCGGCGAAGAACGGGGCGAGGGUAUGGCUGGGAACGUUCGAGACGGCGGAGGAGGCCGCCAUCGCCUAUGACAAGGCGGCCUACCGGAUGCGCGGCUCCCGCGCGCUGCUCAACUUCCCGCUCCGGAUCGGGUCAUCGGAGGCCGCAGCGGCGCCGGCGCCGGCGGUGGCGUCACCCUCGAAGAAGCGGGCCUCGCCGGAGCCCUCUUUCAGCUCUUCCGCCUCUUUCUCUCCCCGCUCCCCCUCGUCGUCGUCGUCGUCGUCGGAGAAGGCGUCGCCAAAGAGGAGGAAGAGAGGGGAGCCCGCGGCGUCGGUGAUGGCGAUGGCGAUGCCUCCGGUGGCGGCGGCGGCCUCCAUGCCUCCUCCUUCCUCUUCUCCGGUUCUGGUUUCGGUUCCGGUCCAGGCGCAGACCGGGCUGGGUUUCGGGAGCCGGCAGGAGGGUUUCGCGGCUGGGCCGGUCGUGCAACUGGCACGUGUAGGUCAGCUCUUGGUUAGUUAAUCAGUGGCAGCGUUAAAAAUCCGGAGUACGGUUGAAGCAGCGAAGAAGGGCCGGGUAAUUAGCGGCCAGAACAAGAGCUUUUCGAGUAAAUCGUGGAAAGUUGAGGGGGCAAAAAGGAUAAGAUGGAAAGGAGGUGGAAAGGAUGAAAGAAAGAGACCACUGGAAGGACUGUUCUGCUUCUACUUUGGAGGGGCAAAACAGAAGAUAUCUGUUUCUACGAUUUGGUGUAGUGGAUUUGGGGUUCUUGUGUGAUUUUUUUAAAUUAAACCUUCCAACUCUAUUGCAUAAACUAUGAAGAGUUCUAGAUGAUCUUCUUUAUUCUUUAGAGAAGGUUCCAUUUCUACAAGGGAUUUUUAAAGAAAGGUUUCUUGAAUGAUCCAGGUCUAAAUGGAUUUGGGCUACAAGCAUAGACCUAAUGAGAUCAGUAUUUAAAACUCUGAGGAUUCUAUCUAUUUAAUUUGCAAAGUCAAUAUGGUGACAGCCAUGUGAAUUGCCAUCAAAACAUGGGCAACGUAAUCUGAGAGCAUACAACUGGAUUGGAAUGGAAUUAUCAAGUAUCUAGAAGUUGGACUUCAAAA